AUGGACACCCAAAUGGAUGUUGCCACUCUGAUUUAUCUGUACCUUCCUCAAGUCUGUCGAGCUCUUCGAGUCAUCCAACUUCCUCACCCCUUCAUUGGCUUUGACGAAUCAGAAAGCUAUGUUCUGAUGAGGUAUAUGGUGCACCACUACCAUACAAUCUCUCCGAUUUAUUGCCCAGUGUAUGCCUUGGGGAUGCGGGUUGACAUUCUAGGCAUUGUUGGUGUACUUGCUAUCCCCCUCAUGAAAAACACAGCAUUUUGGACUGUGUACAAAAAGUGGUUUGGCGACAGUGAUUUUCUUCAGACAAUCAAGACUCAGUUUUGUCGACCAAAUGUGAUAGGGACCACCAGCCUCGUGUGGUUUUUUACUUCUGUACUCUUGCCUCCAUCAGUCUGGUCUAUUAACAAUGAUGAUGAUAUUGAUUACAAUGAGCCUAUUACUAUGGCAUCUGUUGGUUACUACACGGAAGACCCACUCAUCUUACCACCAGGAGCCCAUGACAUUCCGUUUGAAAACUUCACACCCACCAGCCAGACUGUAGCAUACCAAGCUCUAGUGUGGAAAGCUACUGGCUCGGGUGAGGAAAUCCAUUUGAUCCUUCUGAGCAAGAAGAUCGAAAAUUGCUCACCAACUGCUUGUUGGAGGCAAUUUCCCUUAACCACACAACACUACAAGAUAUGGUUGACACACCAUACCAAGUCCAGACAGUUGUCCCUGGAAUGGGACACCAUUCAUGUAACUGUAUAUUUUUUCCAUCCCUCACCAUCGCUUGCUCCUAAGGGAUGUGAGCAGUUCUCCAGUUACGUCAAGAACAGACUUUCUGAGUUUCGCAAGAUCGUCCAAGGUUGCAUUUUGUUGGACACAGGAUUCUCAGGUAGCACGGACAAAGAGUGGGAUAUGAGAGUUGAGCAAGCUAUUCUUCAAAUCAUUAAGGAGCAGAUGUUCAAGGAGCUGUUAUGGGUGUCGAUGCUACAAACCUUGAACAGUUUGGCUAAUGGCAACCACGAAGGCAGAAUCACAGACUUAUUUCCCAAAGAGUUUCGGAAGGAGAACAUCCUCACUAAAUGUCUCAUUGGAACUCUUUUAACAGUCAUAAGUGUCCACUUGUUUUCGAAUGUGUUACCUAUGGACCCGAAGGCCUUGUCCCCUAGAACAUCCACGAACAACAAGCGAAUCAGAACUUUGAAGGAUGUUAAGCCCAUCAUACAGGUGGAUAAAGGUCUCCCUGGUCUUCCCUAUGCGAGCUUCACAUCCUUUCAUUCGGAAAGAGUCGGAAAUAUGUAUUAUAUGAGACAUGGCUAUUCAGCAUCACAUGCUAUCGAAAUUCAUAGGUCCUCUAUGGGACAGCUGCCAGUCAAAGGCAGAAAGGUGUUGAUGCAGGUGGACUUCUGGUUGGAUUUGCGACCCAACCAUUUGGCCGUCACUAUGCCAGCAACACAACAAUGUCUGACGAUGAUCAAGGCCAAACUCGUCGACGUCAGAAACAAGGCCACAAACGCAGUGAAAUCUGCACUUCGGUGCUACCACAUUGACAUGUUGAGCCUUGACCACGAAGCUUGGAAUCCCCAGAUAAAAACUGCAGCAAUAGACUCACAGGAGCUGCUCACGUGCAGUGUACCUAUCUGGCCAAUGCAGCUCCAGCGGUACACCGAAAUAGCACUACUGUGCGAAAUGUGUCAAGAUUGGACCGAGAUAGUCCAUCCAUCAGGAGCUGUAUAUAGUCAUAAUCCAAGACGGCUCAUGAGGCUCGAAGCUUGGAUCAACGCAUCAAGAAAAAAGCUAGACAAUGAAGAGUGGCUCCUAGUUGUCGAGCCGAUGUUAGUGAGAGUGGUCCUGGAGAAGUGCAUCAUUACCUGGUUGGAACUGGUAGAUGGAUACCUUCUUUUUCAAGAAUGUAAGAUGGCAUGGCAUUGGAAUCACAAAAGACUUGAAUUAGAGGCCCGAUAUUGGCAACAUGUUGAGUAUUUUCCACGAGGAGUUGAAAUGCGCAUCGUGGAUUCAAUGGCGGCUUCGCUGUUCUGGACUCUGAACCAGAUGAAAGAAGUGGCCGCUGAGCUGGCCAUUACUGAAAGGAAUAAAGACCAGCAACAUAGUCAAUUUUUGACUGGUGCUGGAAUAAUUAUGUUUUGGAUCCCAAUGGUGGUCCUCAAAUGCCUCAAGGACAUUUACAUUGAUGGUAUCAUGAAUGGUGUUGACGUCAGGGAGUUUAUAGAUGAAUUCGCUGCCCAGGCUAAAUCUCAAGCUACAGUAGCAAGUGUCAUCAUGGCAGUGGACACCAGCAUCCUUGCCAUCCCAGAAUUAGAUGUACUACCUACAAGGGAAGAUGGCCAGUUUUGCAAUACUGGCGAGUGUACCAAGCUUUUUGCUUAUGACAAGUUUGGCAUUUUCAAUCCUCGGCCACAAGGAUUGGAUGCGGACUGGCCCUCAUUGUUGGGGCAGGACUUGUAA